UUCAAUUAUGGCGAAUUUGUCCCAGUGUCUGGAUGACAUCACCCCUAUGGGCUCCCGCUGGCCUGCAGCUCCCCCCGACCUUUACAGCGAGGCUCAGCGCCUGGCCCUGGAGGAGCUGGUGUCCGGGGGUCCGGAGGCUUUGCGGGGGUUUCUGCAGAGGGAGAGGGUAGCCGGCUUCCUGUCCGAGCCGGAGGUCGGGGACAUUCUGAGCUCUGCCUCCAGCCUGCAGUGCGGGGAGGAGGAGGUCUCCGUGUCCGCCUCGGUGGACUGUUCAUCGGUCACUUAUUUCCCCGAGAUCUCUGAUGUGGAGCCUCCGCUGCUGGAGCUCGGCUGGCCGGCCUUCAGCGCUGGCUCGUACCGCGGGGCCACCCGGGUAGAGGUCCAUUUCCAGCCCGGAUUUGGGGAUGUCAUCUACAGCUGCAAGGAGGCGGUGCGGGCUCUGAUCAAAGGAGCCAGGGAGGUAAUUGCAGUGGUCAUGGACUCCUUUACAGACAAUGACAUAUUUCGUGAUAUUCAUGAAGCUUGCAGAAAACGCUGUGUUCCGGCUUACAUUUUAGUUGAUGAGUCUCAGCUGCCACAUUUUCUUACCAUGUGCCAAAAUCUUGGAAUUUCAAUUGAAACUGAACUGAACAUGCGGGUCCGUACCUUAACGGGCAACAACUAUUAUACCAGAUCUGGUGCCAAGAUCGUUGGGAAGGCUCAUGAGAAGUUCCUGCUUGUGGAUGGCUUGAAGGCUGCCACAGGAAGUUACAGCUUCACCUGGAUGGAUGGCAAGCUCAACAGCAGUAAUACUGUAGUAUUAUCGGGACAAAUAGUGGAGAAAUUUGACCUCCAGUUCCGAAUUCUCUAUGCUCAGUCCAAACCAGUUAGUACCAAGCUUCUAAUGAGCAUCCGGAAUCGUGCUAUUCCCACAGAUAAAUUGCCUUAUGGUCUGCCAGCCGAGAGGAAGCCAUUACUGUCAAGCCUCCUACAGCUAGAGAUUGCAAAGUUGUCUAGCACACCUAAGAGAGCAGCUGUGGAAACCAAGACAGCAUUGGGGAAGGAUGUUGGCACUCCUAAGAUUAAAGCUUCUGAAGAUGACUGGUUGCAGAACUGUGAUAUAAUAUCUGGCCUUAAGGAAACUGAAAGUGUGGCCACCCAGACUGAGCCUUCCGACGGCUGGUGGAAUCGUAAAGGAACAGAUGCAGCCACUCAGACAAACGUGUUCACUUCAACUGCUGGGACUCAAACUGCUGUCAUGGCCAGAGUGGCUUCUACCCAAACUGUGUUGUUUUCAAGGUCUGCAACUACCCAGACUACUACCCAGACGAGUCAAGUACAAGAACCUUCAACAGGAUUGAGCAGAAGCACAUCUCUUUCCUCUACAACAACGGUGUCGUUAUCGUCUACAUCCUCCUCGUCUUCGUCUUCCUCUGCUUCCACCACUAGCACAGGAUCUAAUACCUCCAUUCGCUCAAGCAGUGGUUUGAAUCACUCUAAUUAUAUCAUGCAAGAUUCCUUCAAGAAACUUGGCAAAGACCGUCAAUUACACUAUACCUCUAUCCGGUCUAAGCUCGAUCACAUGGUAUCCAUCCUUUCCAGGAGGAAUAGAUUUACCAGCUCUUACUUUAACUGUGAGCCACCUGCGUAUGGCUUAGCGAGAAGAGAUGUAAUGCAUGGCAGUCUUCUUAAUCUCAGAGAUGGUGUCCGCUUUGCUCCUCAUAUGUAG